AUGCUCAGACCACGGUUUUUGCCUCUAGAUGACCGAGCCAUACGAGAAAGUGAGAGAAAGGCUGCCAAGCUGCAUUUCAGUCAGUUGGGUAACAAUGAAAAUUUUCUUUUAGAGGUGGAAAAAAGCUCUAGGGAGAAGACAGUGAAAAACUGUGUAGCAAAUGAGAGCACUGCAUCAAAAGUCAGCACUGAUGUUGAUGACAGGAUUGAAAUUGGCUCAAACAAAGGACUUUUUAUUCCCUUCCCAAACUGGGAAAUAAAGGAUUCCCCAACAAGUACUUCUGUAACCCAGGACAAUGGUAUACCAGAUCAGAAAUUAGACACUUUGCCACUGGGGACACAGAUGCAGGAAGUGGCAAGAAAGGAGAUACCAAGUGAGAAUCACCAGGAAGAUGAAUUCAGACGCUACUUGCCUCAUCAAUCCACAGUUCGAACCCCAGAGAAGAUGGCUAGAGAAGGGUACCGAAUAUCUUUUUUGGACAACAAGUCUUCAGGUUCUUCUCCAGAAAAGGAUUUGAUACCAAAACCUGAUACUUAUCAGCUUACCCAUGACGCCUCAUUGGGUAAACGCCUGGAUGUGGGUGAUUCUAGACAGAUUCAUCCCUAUCAGUUACCUUCAGAUGCUGCUCUAGAAAAUUAUGAUAGUCAUUAUUCUCAAAAUCCAUCCCUGCAUGGAAGUCUUGGUAAAAGGCCUCAGACAAGCAGGAACUACCGAGAAUAUAGCACAAAACCUUCAAAUAACAUGAAGGCCACCACAUCCCAUUCCUGCGGAGACUUACCGACUUCUCUGUCAAACCCUGACUCCAGCACUGGAAGGCUUUUGAAGCUUAGUUCAGAUCUGUAUGCCACAACCCACUUCAACAGCGACCCUGCUCUGCUGGUGAAUGCAGAGCAAAACUUAUCCACCAGCCUCGGCGAUUUAACACCAGCACAUGGUUCUUUCCCAAACAACACCAUCCUGGGAGACUCUCUGCAGACACUGCUGUUGCCUACUGGGACUUCAGAAAACAGAGAGAGUUUGACCAAGGGGUCAUUAAGCCCAUCGAGAAGAGGAUUCAAACGGAAAGAAAAUAUCCUUGAUACCCUGAAUCCAAAACAUGGUUUCAGAGAUGCUACAGGCAGCGAGCCUCUCUCUAGUGACCUGGGCAGUUUGCAUGGUUUGCCAGGAAACCACAGUCCCCCAAUCUCUGCCAGAGCAUCCCAUGUGGCCACUGUCCUCAGACAGCUCCUGGAGCUUGUGGAUAAGCACUGGAACGGUUCCGGCUCCCUCCUCCUCAACAAGAAGUUUCUGGCUUUUAAGAUUGGCCCAUGUGCCCAACCUGAAUUUUUGGCAGGUCCUGCCCGAGAUCUGCUUCUGACUUUGGUAGUCCCUGCUCCUUCUCAGCAGUGGUGUCACUCACGUCCUGAAGAUACAUCAAAAGCCUCCCACAAGAGGGAGAUGGAACUGAAGAAGAUGGGGCAGCUGGUCCCUAAUGACAUGGAAAGUUUGAAGCAAAAACUGGUCAGAGUGCUGGAGGAAAACCUUAUUUUGUCAGAAAAAAUCCAGCAAUUGGAGGAAGGUGCUACCACCUCGAUUGUGAGUGGGCACCAGUCCCACACUUAUGAUGAUCUUCUGCACAAAAACCAACAGCUGAACAUGCAGGUGGCUUGCCUGAACCAGGAGCUUGCCCAGCUGAAAAAGCUGGAGGAGAUAGUGGCCCUUCUCCACGAAAGUCAGAGAUCCCUGGUGGUAACUAAUGAGUAUCUGCUGCAGCAGCUGACUAAAGAGCAAAAAGGUUAUUCUGGGAAAGCACUCCUGCCUCCUGAGAAGAGUCAUCAUUUGGGGAGAUCAUCACCCUUUGGGAAAAGCACUCUGUCUUCCUCCUCACCAGUGGCACAUGAUACGGGUUAGUAUCUAAUACAGAGUGUUUCAGACUCUGUCCCAGAGCCUAGUCUAUGGAGCUAGCACUGCACACCUUUUUUGCAGCUUCCCUUUCAGCCCCAGGGGGCUCUCAGUGUCAUUGCCACUAGUAUGGUGGUAUUCACUCACAAGAUUAAGAAAAAAAUCUUAUUUUAAUUAGAC